UAUGGGUCCGUUGCCUGGCGAUGUCCCCCUUUCCGGAAGUGGGUGUGGUUGGCUCUCCCUGCCGCCCUGGAGACCGAGGGACGGGUAUGGAGUGAGGGAGCAGCCCGCCCGCACGUCCUGAGGUGAGGCCGCUCCGAGCCUCCAAGGGAAGGGAUGCGUGUCUGCACUUUCCAUAUAAAGAUUUAAAAUGGCUUCAAGAGGCGCAAUAGAGACCAGUAAACUAAAACAGAACUUGGAAGAGCAGUUGGACAGGUUAAUGCAGCAGCUGCAAGACCUGGAGGAGUGCAGAGAGGAACUGGAUGCAGAUGAAUAUGAAGAAACCAAAAAAGAAACUCUAGAACAGUUAAAUGAGUUCAAUGACUCACUGAAGAAGAUCAUGUCUGGAAAUAUGACUUUGAUAGAUGAACUCAGUGGUAUGCAGCUGGCUAUACAAGCAGCCAUCAGCCAGGCUUUUAAAACUCCAGAAGUCAUUAGAAUGUUUGCAAAGAAACAGCCAGGGCAGUUACGGACAAGAUUGGCAGAGAUGGACCGAGAUCUGAUGGUUGGGAAACUGGGACGGGACCUAUACAUGCAGCAGAAGGGGGAAAUCCUAACUGCCCUCAGGAAGCUUGGAGAGAAGCUGACUCCAGAUGAUGAGACUUUCCUGUCAGCAAAUGCAGGUGCAGCCCUCAGCCAGUUUGAGAGAGUCUCUAGUAACCUUGGAUCUGGAGACAAAGUCUUUGCUCUGGCCAGUGUUGAAGUAGAAAAAUCAAAGCAAUGAAGAGGUGUAUGGGGCUAGAGUCUCUCCUGUUGUCAGCAACAUUGGACUUCUAUCAUAUUGUAACUGGGUUUUUUUGCUCAUUUGAUUUUUUUUGUAAACUGUUGUGGGGGAAGAGGGAAGGACUUCAAUCUUAGUCACAAGACAACGUAAACUGAACAGUCUGAAAGUGCACUUUGGGAUCUCAGUAUCUGUACCCCAUAGCAAUGUAUGCUCUGAGGCUAAACACUAAGUGGUAUUUCAAAAACACAAAAUCAAACUGGCUAUGAUUGUCUUCUUUGAAAGGGAUCAACUGUUCUCCACUUUUCUGAAUGUGUAUUUCUCUAACUAUUAAAAUGUCAUCUUUUUCAGUGUGA